GUUUGUCGACGAAGAUCUGCGAAAACGCUGUUGCUGUGUGCUGAGCACCUCUCAGGUCGUCGAUUUCGGCAGCGAGGCGAAUGUCAGCGCCAUCGCAGCCAAGGGCGCAGAAGACCUGCGUAUCGGCUUCCUGCGCUCUGGAACUGUUCGUUCAGGAGGCAGUGAGAUUGGGUGCAGGGUGCGAGCCACCAUUGCCGCCAGUGUUCUCAUCCUGAGGCGGAACGUCGAAUUCCGUCACGCUGUGGAGCAGCUCCGCAAGGAAGUUGCCAAGACAGCCGCGGAGCGGGUUCAGGUCGCACUUGACGAUGUCCCAGGCAUGGACCUCGCUGGGCCAUACCCCAAAUGUUAA